AUGGAUAGGAGGGAACUACCACCCGAGAGCCUGGUUAUCUGCUACGCAGACGAUACCCUGAUCUUGACGACUGGGGAAGACUGGGAGGAGGCUACCACCCUCUCUAACAUCGCUACAGUCGCGGUCAUACAAAGGAUCCAGGACCUGGGACUGGAAGUAGCUCCGGAUAAGACAGAGGCAGUAGGCUUUCACGACAGAGGCAGACCGGCUCACACGAAACUGAGGGUCGCAGGAACGACUAUUAACGUUGGUAUAAAUAUGAAAUACCCGGGACUGGUACUAGACAGUAAAUGGAAUUUCGAGGCCCACUUCUCCAGUCUCUCUCCAAGACUGGAGAAAGCUGCAUUAAGUCUUAGUAGGCUCCUCCCGAACUUGGGAGGACCUAACAAUAAAGCAAGAAGACUUUAUGCUCAGGUGGUGGCUUCAAUGGCCUUAUAUGGCGCCCCGGUGGGGGCAUAUGAAAUAGACAAAAACAGGAGGUGUCUGCAAACCAUCAGACAGACGCAGAGACGAAUGGCGGGUAGGGUCAUCCGAGCUUAUAGGACGACCUCGUGGAUCACUAACUCAACGCUGGCAGGGAUGCCACCUCUUGAGUUGGAGGCCAAGAGACAGGAGGAGGCGUACGUAAGGAUCACCGAGAUAAGGAGGAACACGCCAAACGACAUCCCGAUACCGAAGUCCACCAUCGAGGCAUCAGGGAGGCGACAAAAAGAAAUCUAG